AUGUGUAGAAUGUUACAGUCCUGCCCGCGGAUAUCACUUUCAUUUCAAUCGAAGACGUUGCAAAGAUAGUUUGCGUCGCGUUGUAUCUUUUCUUUGACUGAUAUUUUCAAAUUUCUGGAACGUUGCUUUGCGUGCUCUUUGCAAUCUAAAUCAUAAAAAGAUUGACGUGCACUAAGUGAAUUACUGCAGUUCUCGCGAGUGAAAGCCCUCCCCUUGCCCAGUUUUGUAGCUUGAGUGAAAACUAUCUCCAGAGAAUAUGGUCCCAGCAGAAAGUGAAGUUUCGAUACCUACAGUUCGCGAAUUUUACGAAAAUGCCGUUGUGUUCAUAACAGGGGGUACUGGGUUUGUUGGGAAAGUACUCGUGGAGAAAUUAUUGCGCACGUAUCAAGUAAAAAGCAUUUAUUUGCUCAUCCGCGAAAAGGAUAACAUGAAUGCCGAGGAACGAUUGGAAAAAUACUUAACUGAAUCUAUAUUCGAUGAUAUCCGAAAACAUUCCCCGGAAAAAUUCAACAAAGUUUUUCCUAUAUCAGCAGACUUCAGUGCCAUUGAGCUGGGUAUAUCGAAAACGGAUCGAGCUCUACUAAAUGAUGAAGUUCAGAUUGUUUUUAACGUUGUUGCCUCGGUGAAAUUCAACGAAAAGCUGAGUGACGCUAUCGCCAUAAAUGUUUUGGGGACGAAAAAAAUUCUCGAUUUGGCUAUGGAAAUGAAGCGCUUGAAGGCAUUUCUCCACAUAUCCACGCUCUACUCGAACUGCAACCGCAAAACUAUCGGAGAGACAAUAUACGAGCCGGAAAUUGGUUAUGAGAAGAUAAUACAGUUGUACAAAAUAUUGGAUGCAGAUGAGCUGGAAAAGCUUUGCCAUUGUCUAGUCGGUGAGUUGCCGAACACAUACACCAUGACAAAAAGAUGCUCGGAAAAUCUGGUCAAUCAGCAGGCUUAUGCGAUCCCUGCAGGCAUCUUCCGACCACCAAUUGUACUUUCCACAUAUAAGGAACCAUUCCCAGGCUGGACUGAUAACCUCUACGGACCGUCGGGAAUAUGCGCUUCGGUAGCUCGAGGAUUUGUGCACAGCAUCUACGGCAAUGGCCACAAAAAGGCGAACUUGGUCCCUGUCGAUUUCUGUGUCAAUGCUAUGAUUGCUAGCGCUUGGGAUGUAUCUAUAAGGCGAACAAAUCAAAAGGAAGGAACUGACAUUCCCGUCUACAAUUAUAUUUUCGACACCAACAACUUGACGUGGGGAAGUUACAUGCAUCUUUCACGCCAAGGAUUCCAUGAGCCAUUUGACAAAGCUCUCUGGUGUUUCUCCUACGUGAUUGUACCAUAUAAGUGGUUGCAUCGAUUAACGGCGUUUUUAUUGCAUGAGGUUCCUGGCUAUCUGCUGGACCUGAUGGCAAUGGCUUCUGGAAGGAAGAGAAUAUAUUCGCAAGGAUACAAAAAGAUGGCGAAAAUUUUGGAGAUGAUGUCAUAUUUCGGCUUAAGAGAAUGGUCCUUUUCAAACAAAAAUAUUGCAGAAUUAGACGCGAAAUUAAACAACAAGGACCGCAGUGAUCUAGAAUUCAAUUUAACCAAGGUCGACUGGAGAGAAUACUUCAGCACUUACAUGAGUGGCAUCAGGAAAUACUUUUUCAAGGACCAUGAGGAGAGGCUUGCAAAACGGAAGCGAUUCUACAGGAGUCUCUGGUUGUUCCAUACCAUGCUGAAGACAUUGUUUGGAACACUAGGAGUUGUUUUCAUCAGUAAAAUUGUUUUUAGAUUGCUGAGUUUAACUCGACUUGGAAGGAUCACACUCUAGGAUCUUACGUGGAGACGCAGAGGAUAUCUUUUUAAUAACCAAAUGUUUUCUCAUAUGAUGGAUAGUAUUUGUUGACAGUAAACCUUAGAUUUUGGUUUGAUUACCAUUGAAGGACACUCCAAGUGCAUUUGGUGCAUUGCCAGUGAUUUUGCCACUCAUUUAGUUCAUAAUAUUAUCUGUAAAUUGCAACACUUUGCAUUUUGUAAAUACAUAUGUACAUCGAUUAAAGACUAUUAUUUGAAA